UAUCCUGUCCUUGUCUGGUAAGUGUUUUGCCUGUAGUGAAUUCAAAACCCUGCAUCCUAAGAACCUGGAAGAAACAUCCCAUCUUAUUCUGCUGAAAUCCUGGAGUCAGAGUGCCGCAGCCAGACAGAUCAGAGACUUACCACCAAAGAGGACCCUGAAACCAGAAGACCUCACAGUAAUAUCGUGGUGGUGUCCCAAGAUGUGGCAGGAUAGGACUCACUGGAUCAUUAUCUACUUUGUUGGGCUCAGUGCUAUUACUUGUGGAGAAUCUACACAAUCGCUCCCUCAAAUGACGAAGCUGGACAUGGCCAAGAAUUCAGUUGAUGAUCAGUAUCUUAGCUGUCAGACUAAGAUGAUGAAUUUCACAGUGAAAGGAGGACUUCUGGAGAAGGAGAAGAAUGAGAGCAGUUUGUUUAAUGAAGCUUGGAAUAAUGCUAAAUGCCGUGCCACUGUACCUGGGGGAACACCUGAGCACUGCAGAGCAAUUUUUGUCUACACCUCCGACUACAUUUACCAGGAAUUCAAUAAAGCCACAAGAAGCAGUGGGGGCAGCGUGCAGGACUACAUGAACACUUACCCAUACAAGUCUCUUCACUUCCUGCUGACCGACGCUCUCCGCUUGCUGAGACAACAACUCACUGUCUGCUAUAAGGUGUACAGGGGAAGUAGAGAAGACUUUGUGGCAGAAGUUAACUCAGAAAUAAGAUUGGGCCAGUUUUCAUCCAGCUCUAAAGAUAAAGCCUCUACACACAUUUUUGGAAAUACUACCUUCUUCGAAAUCCAGACCUGCCAUGGAGUGGACAUUGAGAUGUUCUCCCAGUUUCCAGCUGAGUCUGAGGUGCUGAUCCCUCCCUUUGAGAAGUUCAAAGUGAAGUCAGUGACAGAAGCAGACAAAGGCAAGAAGAUUGUUCUAGAAUCCAGUGGAACCUCCAGUAAUCAUGAAUGUUCUUUCUUAAGCUCCAGCUCUGCCCCUCACACCCUCUCCUCCUGUGUCCUGGCUCCGGUGCUCUUUUUGGCUGUUUUCCUGCAGAGCCUGCUGGGAUAAUACCAGGGAAACUGCUUGCUGUCCAGGGAGGGCAGCUUAAUGACCCUAAAGUACUGACCUCCAGCUCCUGUUUAUUACCCUCUUUCUCAGGACAAAACCACAAAGAAGAAAUUCAUUGACUAACCUUUCUUUCUCACUGGCUUCACUGAAAAUGCCGUUCGUGAUUCAUGGUGUUGGUGUCUUCUGUGUUCUAAUAGCAGACAGAGAUGUAGAAAUGCAGUUUGGAUUACUAAGAUGAUUUGGAAAUAACAGAUUCAUGUAAACAAUAUGGAUUUUAAAGUGUCUACACUACUAGGGAAAAAGAUGAGUUAUGUGGAAUCAGUAAGGAUAAGAUGCUGACUCUGUUUCAAGGAUCUGUCAUGCUUUUAACAAUUUCUAUCUUUACCCAAUUACAUGAUUAACACUUAAUGAUCAGUUUAAUACAUUUUCUCAACUUUAAUAAAAUUGUAAUCAUUUGAA